UUGUAAUUCGUGUGCCUACACGGAUUCUCGGAGAUUCCGGCUCACUACGGAGUAUUUAAUACGUUCUGUCACGAUCGCUGUUUUACUAUCUACCUACUUUUUUAUUGACUUUUUCCCACGAUACUUCAUUGAGUUGAGUUGUAGUAAAAUAUUUUACAGCAGAUGAACAUUUACGAAGAAGCCAGUGAUGUGUACAUACCAAUUUAUUUGAACUAGCAAUCAAUUAACAGCAUCCAAUUUUGAACGGUCUUUUAUUGCUAACUUCUAGAAACACGUUUCCGAUCGCAGUAUCUGUUAACUUGAGCUGUGGAAUCGAACAAGGCGCGUCUAGAUUCCUAGAUCGGAGGCUGCAUCCGGGCCAGCGCAGGGAUUGAGUUACAGCGGGGGCGUGCGAAUGUCAAGGAACCCCGACCGUCAGCGUCACGUUCGCGCACUGCUGCCUUCGGUGAUCAGUCGCAGCCGAUAUGUCUGCGCGCGCGCCAGCUUAUCGCCCGGCUCUUGGCGUUCUCGUUGCGCUUGCUUUUGCCACGCGACUUGUCGGGAGUGAUGACAUUAACUGCACCAGAGACGGGCUUUAUGCCGACUACGAUAAAGAAUGCAAAGAAUACGUCCGUUGUUCCGGCGGAACAAUCACUGGACGAUAUACGUGCAAAUCAGGACGCAGUUUCAGUGAAGUUGCUGGUGCGUGUGUACCACAACAACGUCGACCGUGCGUCCGCCGCGUAUGUACACCUGGAGAUACCCUAGCCUAUGCCAUGCCCGGGACGGCUUGCAAGCAUUAUUACCGCUGCGAAAACGGAACUGCUGUUGAUCGAGCAUGUCCUUCCAGUACGUGGUUCGAUCUCGACCGUCAAGCCUGCGCUCGAGGAGCCGGAACCUGUUAUGAACCCGUUUGUGCCGGCCUCCCCGAUGGUGAAUAUCCUGAUUCAUCGCACGAAUGUCGUCGACUUUUACGUUGCGUCGGAGGAGAGUUGCGCGCUGUUGUAUCGUGUACCAAGGAUACCUGUGCUACUGCCUGUCCAUCACCACGAUCAGCCGCGGUGCCGUUACCGGCCGGCGAUGCCGACUUCUGCUCCGACGAAGCUUGCUCGUCUUUAUGCCAAAAUCAACCUAAUGGUGCUUACGCUGAUCGCACUGCCGGAUGUCGGGAAUAUUUCGUUUGCGAGACUCAUCGAGUUAUUCGUCGCGGUGUUUGCGAGCCCGGCAUGCUAUUCUCGAAAGCGGGUUGUGAACCAGCUACACGAGCGAUAUGCCCUCCGCCUGCGCUCAGUCCGUGUUUCAACCGUCCCGACGGCAUGCAUCGUGAUUGGCGCUCUUGUUCAUCGUGGUUCGAUUGCAGAAGAGAGCGGGUAAUUUCGAGAGGAACCUGCGCCACGGGGCUUGUCUUUGACGGGACAGGUUGCGUUCCGGCAACACAAUUUCCAUGCGAUGGACCCGAACGAUCUCAAGAGUGCGAAGGUCUUCCAAGUGGAACUUAUCAAGAUUUAGAUUCAAACUGUACAAAAUAUUUCCAUUGCGAGGGAGCUUCGCGCACUGUGCUCAGUUGUGGAGUCGGUCUUGUGUUUGACGGCGCUCGAUGUUCACCUGCCGAACAAUACUUGUGUCCGAGUCUAGAGAGAGACUCUUGCUACGGCAAAGCCGACGGUCGGUACCGCGCGGCGGACACUGGUUGUCGCGGGUACUACUCAUGCGUGGCCGGUGAGAAAUCUGUUUACGCGUGCCCAUCUGGUAGUGUCUUUGAUGAUGAAGCCUGUGUGCCUGCGCAAUCCGGCAUUUGUCCCAGAGAAGAUUACUCCUGUGACGGUUUAUCAGACGGCUACCACCCAGAGAUAGAAUCCGGUUGCCAUAGAUAUUUCUACUGCGAGGGCGGAGACCGACUAGCCACGCUGUCUUGCUUAGGAGGCAAAAUAUUCGACGGGCACGCGUGUGUGGAGACUCCGCACCACGAGUGCGGCGCGUUACCAUCUAAUUCAAUCGAGCGCGGCGGUCCAGAAUGUGAACGAGACGGAUUCUUCGUGCAGGAGGGCACCGGCUGCAAACGUUACUACUUCUGUGUCAGCGGCAACAGAACGUACCUGACGUGUCCCGAACACAAAGUCUUCAACGGGCAGGUGUGCGUACCCAGUUCGCAGUACUCGUGUCCAGGGUGAGGGGAUGCUGCGACUCGCAGGCACCGCCCGGAUCCCUUGCGACCCGACAUAACCCCACCGGGAGACACGCGACACCCCACCGGGAGAUGCGACCCCCGCCGGAACAUACAGUUUACGUAUGCGAUACCGAUCCAUUGACGUCUCCGCCUUUAGUGUAAGAUAAACUGAUUAAAGCACGGAGAGUUUCUGUACUUUAAGUGAAAUAGGACAGUAAAUGUGAGUGUCAUGUAAAAGCACUUUAUACGCUUACCGCCUUUCGGUUUACCUGCUCAACAGAAUUAAUAUCGUUUUUCAUAACAUACAUUAAAUGCGUAGAUGAUACAACGAGCUCACGGCUUAUUUAAUGUCAAGUGGUCAGCUGUGUGCUUACUGCGAGUUUUUUAACGUUUUCGAUAACGUAAAAAUUAACUCAUAUUUGUAUGGAGUUCGAACGUUUGUCUGCGUUUGCCGCUAGGGGCGCUGUUCCAACUGCAUACAAACUUGAGUGAACUUUUACGCUAUCGAGAACGUUAACAAAACUCGCUCUAAGCACACUUAACCUAUAAGUAUAACGUGGAUGCCACCAACAAGUUAAGAAAUGAAAUCUAAGCCUCAAUUUUAUACUAGGACGGCUCGGCUUCUCACCUUUUUUGUUUCUGUUAAAACUAGGCAAAAAUAUUUUGUAAUUUAUAUAACGUAUCAAGAAACUCUCCUUGUGUAAAUCAGGCUCAAUCCAUCUGAUCCCCUCAAAAUGAUACACGGACAGUUCUUACUCUCUUUUUAUUUGCAUAAUACUUUAAGCAGACCUAAAACGUAAACAUGAAUAAUACAUUUAUAAUGUUUAAGUAAUCACCCGGCAGGGACCAUAUCGUACAGUAUUAUAAUAUAUUAAACGCCAAGUUAAGCUCCGAGAUUAUACAAAUAAGAUUUAUUUUAAGGAAAAAUAAUUUAUUUUAAUUUUAAUAUAAAUUAUAACAUUAGUUGCUAUUUAUACCAGCUUUAAACGCAUUCGGUUAUACAAUAAACUUUUUUAGAUUAAAAUUAAAAUAUAUGACAUUAUCGUAUUAUAAUUAAGCAAAACGACUAAGAAAUUAACUUUAGAAACAAGGUUAUUGAUUCGUCUUUUACAUGAGAACAUUCGGGAUUCGAAUCAAAAUAAAAUUACUAAUAACAAAGACGCAAUUUAAAAAUUUAAACAACCCUGUUCCUUUAUUAAGAAAAAUCUUGCAAAAUCAUUUUGUAAGUGCUUAAACACGUACUAAUAUUUUGGAAAAUGUUUUUAAGCGAAAAUUAAUUAUAUACGUAAACACUAAAUAUUAUUAUAUAGUUUGAAUAAAUAUGAAUUCCAUACA